AUGUUGGCUGGUUGUUCUAGCUCGACAUUGUUGUCACCAACUCACAGAUUAAGGAGUGAAGCAUCAUCAGCAGCACAGUUUCAAGCUUGUCAUUUCCAGAUAUCGUCAAUGAGCGCACAGAGAUUGGAUUUACCUUGUAGCUUCCCGAGGAAAGACGGUUCUUCGCGUUCGCAGCAGCAGUUGAGGCCCGUGGGAAUUUCGGUCGAGAAGCCCGAAGUCAGUAGUAACGCGUGUUCUCUGCAGCAGAACAUUAGGUUGCCGCCUUUAGCAACAACAGCACAGACAUUGGGAGAGAUCAAGGAUGAAGAGUUUUGGGAGAAGGGUGGGAGGAGUUUGAAGAGGCUGGCGGAACAUGGAUCUUUGGAGGAGUCUUUUACAAAUAGAGUCAAGAGGAAAAAGGGUAACGGUGGUGAUGAGAAUUUCGAGGAAUUUGACAGGGAAAGUUUCAGUUUGGCACAAUUUGGUGCUGGAAACUUUUGGUCUGUUCAUAGUUUUGGAGGAUUUAAUAACCCUUCACUUCCUUUUUCUCUGAAUUGUUCUGGAGAUGAGGAAAGGGUUUGUUUUGCUCCUGCUGAAGUGGUUUCUGCACCUUUGCCUUUGUCCAACAAUCCCUGGAUUGAAUCUGCUGUAACAACGAUCACCAAUUUCGGUGAGGGUAGCCACCAGCAUCAACAUCAUCAUCAUGUCAACGAAGGUUCAGUUUCCAAUGAUUCAUCAGAAAGCCAGAGUUUGAGCCUGAGGUUGAAUGAGAAUGCAUCGGAACAUGGAGAUGGCAAUGGUUCAGGGAAUCCUUAUCAGCAUGAAGGCACUGAAGUGGAGACAGGAGAAGAGGAUGAAGAAGAGGAGCAUCGCGGGUUUGAGCUUUUGAGCUUGCUUACCGGUUGUGUUGAUGCUAUUGGAUCAAGGAAUGUGGCCGCAAUCAACCAUUUCAUUGCGAAAUUGGGUGAUCUUGCAUCUCCAAGGGGAACUUCCAUAAGCAGAAUUUGUGCUUAUUUUACAGAAGCCUUAGCCAUCAGAGUCACCAGGCUUUGGCCUCAUGUUUUUCACAUCACUGCCACUUCUCGUGAUUUCGACAGGGUGGUGGAUGAUGAUGAAACUGUCACUGCAUUGAGGCUUCUAAACCAGGUUACCCCAAUUCCCAAGUUUCUUCAUUUCACAUCGAAUGAGAUGCUGUUGAGGGCUUUUGAAGGGAAAGAUAGGGUUCACAUUAUAGACUUUGACAUAAAGCAAGGACUUCAAUGGCCUAGCUUGUUCCAAAGUUUAGCUUCAAGGACCAAUCCUCCUAGCCAUGUUCGAAUCACGGGCGUUGGGGAAUCAAAGCAAGAGCUGAAUGAAACCGGAGACAGGCUUGCUGGUUUUGCCGAGGCUUUGAACCUUCCUUUUGAGUUUCAUCCAGUGGUGGACAGACUUGAAGAUGUGAGGCUUUGGAUGCUUCAUGUGAAGGAACAUGAAACUGUGGCUGUGAACUGUGUUUUGCAGCUUCACAAGACCCUUCAUGAUGGCAGUGGAGGAGCAUUGAGAGACUUUUUGGGUCUCAUUCGUAGCACAAAUCCUACAAUUGUUGUUAUGGCAGAACAAGAAGCAGAACACAACGAGGCGAGGUUGGACUCAAGAGUCUGCAAUUCAUUGAAACAUUACUCGGCGCUGUUUGAUUCGAUUGAUCAUAGCGGCCUUCCACUGGAGAGUCCAGCGAGGAUGAAGAUAGAGGAGAUGUUUGCUAGGGAGAUAAGAAACAUCAUUGCUUGUGAAGGAAGGGACAGGUUGGAGAGGCACCAGAGUUUUGGGAAUUGGAGGAAGAUGAUUGUGGAGCAUGGAGGGUUCAGAUGCAUGGGAGUGACAGAUAGGGAAAUGUUUCAGAGCCAGUUUCUGUUGAAGAUGUAUUCUUGUGAUAAUUACAAUAUUCAGAAGCAGGAGAAGGAAGGAGCAACAGCACUUACUUUGGGUUGGCUUGAUCAACCUCUCUACACAGUAUCUUCUUGGGCACCGGUCGAUGUUGCUGGAAGCUCAUCCUCUUUUUCUCAGGCAGCUUGA